AAGAGCAAUUCAAAGGAGGAUUCGACCAGCGCCACCACCUCCCCCGAGGGGAGCGACCGACGCCUGAACAUUGAGAUGAACUGCCUGGCACCCCCGGAGACGAGGAGCGGGGAGGAGAGCCCCGCGGAGAGCGACGCCAUCGUCCCCGGGGCGUCGACGUACGGCAGCAUCAUGAGCAUCGGCCCGGAGACAAGUACGGUCAACCUGCUAAAAAUAGAUCUGGAGAGGAAGAUCAACAGGCAUACAGGUGAGGAGCGAGCUACCUGGGACAACAGGGCCCAGUUUGUCCUCUCGCUGAUUGGCUACGCCGUAGGACUGGGCAAUGUAUGGAGGUUCCCAUAUCUCACACAGAAAAAUGGCGGCGGAGCCUUCUUAAUACCCUAUGCAGUCAUGUUGGCCAUAGAGGGAAUCCCGUUGUUUUUUCUGGAACUGGCCAUCGGUCAAAGACUCAGGAAAGGUGCUAUAGGUGCGUGGAACCAGGUGUCGCCUUACCUGGCCGGUGUGGGAAUCUGCUCGUCCAUCGUGUCCUUCUACUUGUCGCUCUACUACAACACCAUCAUGAGCUGGUGCUUCGUCUACCUGUUCCAGAGUUUCCAGAGUCCUCUCCCUUGGGCGACCUGCCCCACAUACACAGUUGCGAACAACUCUAUUGUGGUGGACGAAGAAUGUGAGAAAAGCAGCCCACCCAGUUACUUCUGGUACCGCUCUACCCUCAACACGGCGCCCAGCAUCGAGUCCAGUCCGGAGUUUAACUGGAAGAUAGCGCUGGGGCUGGUCCUAGCAUGGACGGUCGUCUUUCUGUGUAUCCUAAAGGGCAUCAAGUCAACGGGGAAGGUCGUCUACGUCACAGCCACAUUCCCUUACUUUGUUCUGGUGAUUUUUUUCUUCCGUGGGAUAACACUGGAGGGCUUUGACAGGGGACUGAUGCACCUCUUUGUGCCUGAGUGGCACCGACUGUUUGACCCCGAAGUCUGGCUGGACGCUGCCACCCAGAUCUUCUACUCCUUCGGGCUGGGGUUCGGGUGCCUGAUAGCUCUGGCCUCCUACAACCCCGUCAGGAGUGACUUCCUGCGUGACACCCUCAUCGUCACAAUCUGUGAUUUCUUCACCUCCAUCUUCACUGCCGUCGUCGUGUUUUGUAUUUUAGGGUUCAAGGCCACAAUGCAGUACAACACAUGUCGCGAGAAGCACGGCUUCAACGAUACAUCACGAGAACACCCCGAGUGUGACUUUCAGAAGAUAAUCUCCGAGUCGGCCUCUGGCACUGGCCUGGCGUUUAUCGCCUUCACUGAGGCCAUCAACCAGUUCCCCCUGGCACCACUGUGGGCGGUGCUCUUCUUCCUGAUGUUACUCACCCUCGGGCUGGACUCAAUGUUUGGCACCCUCGAGGGCGCCAUCACGUCGCUGAAUGAUAUGAUGCUGUUCCCUCGUGUUAGGAAAGAGGUUGUGUGUGGUACGGUGUGUCUAAUCUGCCUGAUCCUGUCCAUGUGUUUCGCCACCUCCACCGGCCCCUACGUCUUUGAGCUGUUUGAUUCCUUCUGCGCCAACAUCCCCCUCCUCAUCGUCGGCUUCAUCGAGUGUGUGGCCAUCUCCUACAUCUACGGCCUCAAACAGAUAAGCGAUGACAUCGAGCUGAUGCUGGGCAAGAGACCCUCCCACUUCUGGCUGCUCUGCUGGAGGUUCCUGAUGCCCGUAGCUGUCGUCCUGAUCCUGGUGUCCAGCAUCAUCGAGGUCAUGGCCAAGGGGGUCUUGUACGACACAUGGGACGCCAGCAAGGGUGUGGCCGUGGCUGUCCCCUGGCCGUGGUGGUGCAAGAUGCUGGCCCUACUCCUCAUCCUCUCCUCCGUCUUGUGGAUACCCGGACUGGCCCUGAUGCGCCACUUCGGGUACCCUUUACUCAAAGAAGAGGAACCCGCUUUCUUCCCAACGGAUGAGCUCAAAGAAGAAUACGGGUUGAACUCCCACAAAACUACGUCUUUUGAACGUGUAGUUUUAGGAUUUAAAGAAUAG